UGUUUUGAAGAAAGAAUGUGCGCCAGCUCAUGUGCUAAAAUAGAUCCGGAAAAUCCGACCGUACUUAAAGCUGACACUGGGCUGAACGAUCUCUUCAGCCAAAUCGAAGUAGAGACACACAUGGCUUCAUCAGGUAGGAAGUGGGAGUGUCCAGCUUGUACCCUGAUCAACCUGCCUGGCAGACGCUACUGCUCCGUAUGCUACGCCCCUAACCCCGCCUACCAUGUGGAUCCUCCCCCCAGAGAUGACUUCCUGUUCGGGGGAUCAGAGACAAGUUUACCCGGAGGCGCUAUGGUCGACCAAAGCAGAGGCUCCUUCUUAAACAAAGAGAUCCGUAUUGUUCUUAUUGGGCGGACAGGCUCGGGGAAAAGCGCUACAGGGAAUACCCUUCUCGGUACGGACUUGUUCACUUCCAGGGCCGGAGGGUCGUCUAUCACCAAGAGCUGUAAAGGUGGAAAUGCUACCAGGAUGGGACGCUACAUCAACGUGAUCGACACCCCAGGGUUGUUUGACACAGAUAUGACAAAUGUUGCUAUUACCAAGGAGAUUGUUAAAUGUGUUGGGAUGACCAGCCCAGGCCCUCAUGCUAUCGUGCUGGUCACCAGGAUCGACCGGUUUACCAAGGAAGAGCAGGAUACGGUGGAUCAUUUCAGAGACGUGUUCGGAGAUGGCAUGAUGAAGUACAUGUUUGUGUUGUUCACGAGAAAGGACGAUCUGGAUCAUGAAAAAUCUAACAUAGAUGAAUAUGUGAAACAUGUUCCAGAUAAACUCCAACAGAUUCUCUCGGCGUGUGGUGGACGAUACAUCGCCUUUAACAACAAUGAUCAGCAGUGUGAGAAGGAGGAACAGGUCAGUCGCUUACUGGACAUGAUUGACCAGAAUGUCCGAGCAAAUGGUGGGAAGUACUACACGAAUUCGAUGUUCAGGGAGGCCGAGGCAGCAAUGGUGAAGAGGGAGGAGGUUUUCAGGAUGGAACUGGAGGAGAAGAAGAGGCGAGAGAAAGAGGCUAUUGAGAGGGAGUUCCAGAAGAAGUACAACCAUGACAUGUCUGAACAGCAGGAGAUCAUUGAACAGAUGCAGAUGAGUAUAACCGCAAUGGAGGCUGAAAAGACGACAAGGAAAGGUAACUCUGAUGUCUCAGAGCUCCGGAAGCAAAUCGCAGUAAUGAAGAAAGAAGCCAAAAAAGAGCAAGAGAGGCGCAGACGACGCCACAAGGAAAGGAUGGAGAACCUGGAACGGAAGAAUAGGGACUUGGAGAAACGAGCGCGGGAGAGAGCACGGGAAGCUGUUGAAAAGGAGGAAGAGUCUUCUCUUGGGGAGAUAUGGAAAGGAAUCAAGCACUUUGGGAAGGGGCUUUGGAAAGGAAUUACAAGCAUAUUCUCAUAAAGUUACAUAGAAAAUGAAUGUCAUACUGAUGCUGUAUGACUUUAAAAAUACUGUUCGCUGUAUGUGGACAUUGUGGUCUUAAUUAUGUAUGUUCGUCUUGAUUUGCGACACGCUUACAAGAGUUACCAGUCAUAUUGCUAUAGCACAAUUCGUGAGUUAAGUUUGGUUUGGGUUGCAAACUUCAUCAAUGUUUUUUAAAUGUCGCUUAGGGCUGGGCAAAUUUCAUAAUUUCACAAAACGUUAACUCAGUAUAGAAUUCUUUAUCACUGAUGUCAGGUCAUGGUAAGAUGGAGAACGUAAGUGAAUGUUUCUGAUAUUCAGGACAAACGAGAAUGUGACACAUCCCUCCAGAAGUCGUUCGACCUACCCGCUGUGCAUUUACACAUCCACUUUUAGCUGAUGUACAUGCACCCUCUCUGCUGUAAAUAAUGUCUUACAGUCAAGUAAUGAUGUAUGGGAUGUAUGGGGAUUCACUUUUAGCUGAUGUACAUGCAUCCUCUCUGCUGUAAAUAAUGUCUUACAGUCAAGUAAUGAUGUAUGGGAUGUAUGGGGAUUCACUUUUAGCUGAUGUACAUGAAUCCUCUCAGCUGUAAAUAUUGUCUUACAGUCAAGUAAUGAUGUAUGGGAUGUUACUGAUGCCAUGAAUAUGGAACUGUUUCAGUUCGGUGAAACACCGUUAACAUGAAACCCGUUUAAAACGGACAAUUUUUUCAAAAACAUCUAUCGAAUACAAAGGAACAUUGUCAAAGCCAAUGAUUUGCUAUUACAGAAAUUUGUAAUCCGAACAUUUAACUACAAACGAUACGGUCUGGAAUAGCGAUGUUUCAUCAACAAACUAUGUUUUGACUGUAUUCCAGCACAAGUAUUAGGAUAAUACAUAUGGCAGUACUGAUGCAAACUUUAAAAGAAUGUCAAUUAUAACAUAUGCUUGAACGUUAAUGCACCUUUGAUGUGAAGGUACUGUUAUGUUGUUUCCAUGUUGAUGCUCUGUGUGUAGAUGGAAUAGAGAAACCCUAUAUAUCUACCCAGCGGUAUUGCGUACAUCUUCAUUGCCCAUUAGAGGGACAAUGGGGCUAGCCGACUGGUUAAAGUUUUCGCCCGAUGAUCCGGGUUCGAUUCUCCCACAUGGGUACAAUAUGUGAAGCCUAUUUGUGGUGACUCCUGCCGUGAUAUUGUUGGAAUAGUGCUAAAAGAUAAGGUAAUGUCUAUACCGCAAGGACACGCUACCUAUAACCAUUUCAACUCUUUUAAAAGAGAGGCACCUUUGGAGAACAUAUAUAUGUCAAUACGUCCUCGAUAUGUCCAGGGUAUACGGUAUCGGAACGUAUACCCUGGACAUAUCAAGGAUGAUGUCAAUAGUGAUUGAUAGUAUAUUAUGUUGUUUAUGUAGGAAAUAUAUUUUGGAAUAAAAGACAUGAUACGAUCUUUUA